AUGAAAUUUAUUUUAUUUGAAAUAUUAAUUUAUUAUAUUUUAUUUGUAAAGUGUAUUGAUGCACUGGAGAAUGAAAAUGGUAAACUAGAAAAUGGUAAAUUAGAGAAUGAAAAUGGUAAACUAGAAAAUGGUAAACUAGAAAAUGAUAAACUAGAGAAAGAAAAUGGUAUAUUAGAAAAAGAUAAUCGAGAUAAUAAAAAUGGUAAACUAGAAAAUGAAAACCGAGCUAAUGAAAAUGAUAUAUUAGAGAAAGAAAAUGGUAUAUCAGAAAAUGGUAAACUAGAAAAUGAUAAACUAGAGAAAGAAAAUGGUAUAUUAGAGAAUGAAAAUGGUAAAAUAGAAAAUGUUAAACUAGAGAAUGAAAAUGGUAUAUUAGAAAAUGAUAACCGAGAUAAUGAAAAUGGUAAACUAAAACCUAAGACAUCUGAUGAAAUUAAUGACCAUACACAACUAGAAAACAAUGAUAAUAAUAUUUCUUUAGAUAAAAAUAAUCUUGGUACAAAUUUAUCAGAAAUCUUUAAUUUAUCUUUUUCUUCAGAAUAUGUAACAAUAUUUGAAAAAGAAUCUAAGGUAUUUAUAAACAGCAUACAGAAUAAACUAAAGGAAAAUAAAAAAUCAUCUUAUAACAACGAACAAGUCAUACAAAACAUUAAAGAGAUUUUACACAAUUAUAAAGACGAUCUUGUAAAAUUAACAGAUUUACAAAAUUCUGAUAUUCAACAGGUUAUUGAAGAAGAGAUUGAAAAAGAGGAACUACAAAUAUUUGAAAUCAUCCAGAAUCUUUAUGAGUCUAUGGAAUCAAAUUUACAAAAUGUAAUAAAAGAUUCAUUACUUAAUGAAGAACCAAUUAAAAAAUUGCUUGUUGUAAUUACUGAAAAAUCAACACAGUUUGACGAUCAGGAGAAAAACAUUACAGAAGAUAUUAAAAAAGCUAUUUAUAAUAAAGUAACAGAAGUAUUAGAUGAAUAUAUAAUAGAAAUACAAGAACUUAUAAGAUUAUGUAUAAGUGAUUUAAAUGAAAUAGUUAGUAUUAUAGAUAAUAAAUCUAUGUUAUCUUUAUUACAAGAAACAAUUAAUAAAUACAGUAAUCAGUUGACUCAAGAAGUAAAAACAAGUGAAGGUAAAAUUAAAAAUAAGUUGGGUGAUUUAUUAAAAAAAUAA